AUGGCACUCAUCAAAAGAGGUGCCCGUUCCAAAACGGCUCAAGCACCACAAAAGAGAGCUGCAAAUAUUAAGAAGGCCACUUUUGAUUCUUCGAAGAAGAAAGAAGUUGGUGUUUCUGAUUUGACUUUAUUAUCAAAAAUUUCAGAUCAAGCCAUCAAUGAAAAUUUGAAAAAAAGAUUCCAAAAUGGUACUAUCUAUACAUAUAUUGGUCAUGUCUUAAUCAGUGUCAAUCCUUUCCGUGAUUUAGGUAUAUACACAGAUGCUACACUCGAACAUUAUAAGGGAAAAAACAGACUGGAAGUCCCACCUCAUGUUUUCGCAAUUGCUGAAGCCAUGUAUUAUAAUUUGAAAUCUUACAAUGAAAAUCAAUGUGUUAUUAUCUCUGGUGAAUCAGGUGCUGGUAAAACUGAAGCUGCUAAGAGAAUUAUGCAAUAUAUUGCCGCCGCAUCAACUACACAUUCAGAUUCUAUUGCUAAAAUCAAAGAUAUGGUUCUUGCUACAAAUCCAUUAUUAGAAUCGUUCGGUUGUGCAAAGACAUUAAGAAACAAUAAUUCUUCAAGACAUGGUAAAUAUCUUGAAAUUAAAUUCAACUCACAAUUUGAACCAUGCGCCGGUAACAUUACCAAUUAUUUAUUAGAGAAGCAAAGAGUCGUUGGUCAGAUUAAAAACGAAAGAAACUUCCACAUUUUUUAUCAAUUUACCAAAGGUGCUUCAGAAAAUUAUAGACAAAUGUUUGGUGUUCAGCAACCUGACCAAUAUAUUUAUACAUCAGCUUCUGGCUGUAUCUCAGUGGAAAAUAUGGACGAUGUUAAAGAUUUCGCUGAAACUAUAAAGGCCAUGCAAGUUAUUGGUUUAACUCAACAAGAACAAGAUGAAAUUUUCAGAAUGUUAUCUGCCAUCUUAUGGAUAGGUAAUAUUACUUUCAUUGAAAAUGAAGAAGGUAACGCUCAAGUUAGAGACACUUCAGUUACAGAUUUUGUUGCAUAUCUAUUACAGGUAGAUUCGCAAUUAUUGAUCAAAUCUAUCGUUGAAAGAACCAUGGAGACUAAUCACGGUAUGAGAAGAGGUUCUAUCUAUCAUGUCCCAUUAAAUAUUGUGCAAGCUACGGCAGUUAAAGACGCCCUUGCCAAGGCUAUUUACAAUAAUUUAUUUGACUGGAUUGUGGAUAGAGUAAAUGUUUCAUUACAAGCGUUCCCAGGUGCGGACAAAUCUAUUGGUAUCUUGGAUAUUUAUGGUUUUGAAAUUUUUGAACAUAAUUCUUUUGAACAAAUUUGUAUCAAUUAUGUUAACGAAAAAUUACAACAAAUCUUCAUUCAGUUAACUCUGAAAUCAGAACAAGAAGAAUAUGCUAGAGAAAAGAUUCAAUGGACCCCAAUUAAAUAUUUCGAUAAUAAAGUUGUUUGUGAUUUGAUUGAAGCUAGAAGACCACCAGGUAUUUUUGCAGCAAUGAAUGAUUCCGUCGCAACAGCUCAUGCAGAUUCAAGUGCUGCUGAUCAGGCUUUUGCACAACGUUUAAAUAUGUUCAGUACUAACCCUCAUUUUGAACCAAGACAGGGAAAAUUCGUGAUAAAGCAUUAUGCUGGUGAUGUUACCUACGAUAUUAAUGGUAUUACCGAUAAAAAUAAAGAUCAGUUACAAAAGGAUUUAGUAGAAUUGUUAAGCACCACUCAAAACACGUUUGUAAAUACUAUUUUCCCAGCUGAAGUCGACAAAGAAUCCAAGAGAAGACCACCAACUGCAGGCGAUAAGAUUAUCAAGAGUGCUAAUGAAUUGGUGGAAACACUAUCGAAGGCACAACCAUCAUAUAUCAGAACAAUUAAACCAAACCAAACCAAAUCUCCUAAUGACUAUGAUGAUCAACAAGUUUUACAUCAAAUUAAAUAUCUUGGUUUACAAGAAAAUGUUCGUAUUAGAAGAGCUGGUUUUGCAUACAGACAAACAUAUGAUAAGUUUGUAGAAAGAUUUUACCUAUUAUCGCCACAUUGUUCUUAUGCUGGUGAUUAUACAUGGCAAGGGGACACAUUGGAUGCAGUGAAGUACAUUUUGCUGGAUGCGUCAGUCCCAGAAAAGGAAUACCAACUAGGUGUUACGAGUGUAUUCAUCAAGACUCCUGAGACAUUAUUUGCACUGGAACAUAUGAGAGAUAGAUAUUGGCACAAUAUGGCCGCCAGGAUUCAACGUGCUUGGAGAAGAUUUUUGCAGAGAAGAAUUGAUUCUGCAAUUAGAAUACAACGUACCAUCCGUGAAAGAAAAGAAGGCAACAAAUAUGAAAAACUGCGUGAUUAUGGUACGAAAUUAUUGGGCGGAAAUAAAGAAAGGAGAUCAAUGUCUCUGCUUGGUUACAGGGCUUUUAUGGGUGAUUAUUUAUCCUGUAAUGAAUCAAAGAGUAGAGGUUCGUACAUUAAGAGGCAGGUUGGGAUUAAAGAAGUUGUGGUAUUUUCUAUACAAGGUGAAUCGUUACAUUCUAAAUUUGGUAGAUCUGCUCAAAGGUUGAAAAAAGUUUUCAUAUUAACACCUACAACCUUUUAUAUUGUGGGUCAGACAAUGGUACAAAAUGCGAUGAAGUAUGUCCAAGAGUAUGCCAUCAAUGUAAACAGUAUCAGAAGUUUAAGUUUGACAAAUUUGCAAGAUGAUUGGAUCGGUAUUGUAUUAAGUAACUCUGCCCAGCCAGAUCCACUAAUAAAUACAUAUUUCAAGACAGAAUUAAUUACACAUUUGAAAAAGCUGAAUAAUAAUAUUCAGAUCAAGAUCGGUGCGACACUUGACUAUCAAAAGAAGCCAGGUAAAUUGCAUCCGGUUAAGAGUUCGAUUAGUGAGUCUGCUCCAAAAUACGGUGACAUCUACAAAUCUAGUACUAUUUUUGUACGUCGUGGUCAUCCAGGUAAUUCGAAACAAAAGAAGAAGCCAAGAAAUAAACCAUCUUCCUCUAACUAUAGUUACACAUCUUCUGCGACAACAACAACAAGUACUACUACUACCAUGAACAGGGUUCCAGUUGCCUCUAUUAAUAACAGACAAAAACCUAGCCCUUCUGCUAAUGUUGCUAGACCAUCUGCUCCUGUUUCGCGGAAUACAGGUAAGAAGCCUGCUCCACCUCCUCCAGGAGCCCAAGGUCGUGCAUUGGCAGCUACAGCAGCUCAAGCGGCAUAUCGUCCUAAUGGUGAUUCGAAGCCUGCUCCAAGUGCGCCAAACCCGAAACCAAAUACUGCCAUUCAACAGUCAAGGUCAGCUCCAAAGCCAACACUCGCGAAAACUCAACAGAAGCCACAGGCACAAGCAAGACAACAACAACAACAACCUUCUACUGCUUCACAUCCUCCACCGCCUCCACCGCCACCGCCAAUGCAAUCUUCUGAGCCUAAAUAUGAAGCGGCAUAUGACUUCCCUGGAUCAGGUGCACCAUCUGAAUUACCAUUGAAAAAGGGCGAUGUCAUAACCGUUAGUAGACAAGAACCAAGUGGCUGGUCUUUAGGAAAGCUAUUGGAUGGAUCUAAAGAGGGUUGGGUACCAACAGCUUAUAUUGCUGAGUACAAGGGAGCAAGUGUCGUGCCACCAGCCCCACCUAUGCAAACAGAACAACCAGUUCAACAGCAAACAACCACGACUCAAACCACAACAACCCAAGAGACGGUUGCUCAACCUGCCAUGGCUCAACCAAGUUUCUCUGAUGGUUUAGCAUCUGCUUUAGCCGCUAGAGCAAAUAAAAUGAGAGUGGAAAGUGAUGAAGAGCCCGAAGAUGAAGAAGAGGAUGACUGGUGA